AUGAAUCCUAAAAUAUCUGGACUGGUUGGAGUGGUAGGAGGUACUAACAAUGAUUACGAACUUAUGAAUGACGAUGUUUAAUUUAUGGUUAGAAAUAGAGCUAACUUCAAUAGAAGUGUAUUAGAACCCUCUUAUCGGAAAAAUGGAAACAGCUUUGGGAAGAGAAAAGCAAGUAAAGGCUUUCUAAAUUUAGAUAAACUUAGCAGCUAAUAUAAUAAAAGCAAUUAAGAUUCGCUUAAUUUAAGAAAUAUCGUAGGAUAUCCUUCUCCUCGAGAAAAAUAUAUCCUUGAUAAGCAAGGAUAAAAGUCAAAAAACUUUUUCUUAAGUGAUAUCAAAGAAUAAUCAGACAAUACAUCGACCUUGCAAGAUAGAGAAUGCAAUUUGAGUGUUUCAAUGAGAUUUGACAAAAAAUCAGAGCUUUUGACUUAAGGAUCUAUAAUGGGAGUAUCAGACUUUCCAAAAGGAAUAAAGGAGAAAAGUAUUUUAUCUAUAGCAAGGCUAAGUGAUCACAGCCCUAAAGAAUUGAUGAAAGAAAAUAAUGGCAAGCAUCAUAGAGCGUUAACAGAUUUAGAAAAGAUUGACAGGCGUUUAUUUGCAAACUAUGAAUACCCAGCAACAGAUUUUAGCAAUACACAGUAUCUUAUUUCAAAUGGAUAAAAAGAUAAAUCCUCUAAGCAAUAAAGACUUUCAUCAUAAAAGUAGUAAAAUUGUAUUCAGAUAGAGAAUUUUAGGAGUCAAAAUUUCUAAAACAAAGGGUAUUUAAUGAAACUCAAACAAAGAAACAUGAUUUUCUAGAAUUUCAACAUUGAGUUUGAAAAUUCUUAAAGUGAUAACUAUAAUAAAACAAGGUAUUAGGAUUUACAUCUGGGCAAUUUCAAAGAUUACAAUGACUUGAAUCUCUCUUUACUUAUGGCAUAAAAUAAUAGCCCUUACAUGUAAUAACAAAGCGUUACUCCUGAAUCUGUUCAUAACCGAAUAUCUCAUUAGGGUUUAGACCGUGAAAUUUUCCUUAAAAAGAGAGAAUCAGGAUAGAACAGUAUUAAAUUGGAACACGAAGUCAAACUCUUUCCUGAUAUCAAUGAAAAAUCUCAAAUUUUAAAUAUAAAUAAACUUUAGUAAUCUUGA